CACACAUGUCUGUACCAUUGCCAUUUGAUGGUUUGGGGCCCCUGGGUCAGGCAGCUGCUCUCAGAGAACAACUGAAGAAUGUCCGCCGUAACUAAAACUCAAGAUCCCCGCCUGCAGGCACCGGACAAAUCGCGCUCCCCCCGGCCAGAAACGACGGCACUCGCGAGACCCUAUCGGCCGCGUGGCUGGGCCAACAAACGGCCCCAGAGGGGGGAUCCAAAAUCGACGGGCUGGCAUCCCCCUGACCAGGCGCACGAGAGGGGAGGAGGCAAAGGGGAGGAGGAUGAGGAGGACGAGGGGGGCGAGGAGAAGCGGGCACCGGCCACCGCUUCUGAGCGCCGAGCCCCGCGGAUGCAGGUGAAAAUUGCCAGCUUCCCCACCGAUGGGGCGGGAAUGCGUCCAGGCUAAGACUUGCCAGCGCGGAGGAGGUCAAAACUAAACUGUGCUAGCCGAUUGCGCGACGAUGCAAAGCCGGAGGACGGAGAGGAGGAGGAGGAGGAGGAGGAGCAGGAGGAGGAGCAGGAGGAGGAAGAGAAAAGACAACACCGGCCGCGCCUGCGCGGGCGCGCAAUAAGACACUUCGCGCCAGCACGCGGCCUCCGGGCCCAGGAGAAGAGGGGGGACAGGGAGCAGGGGGAGGCAGGAGGAGGGGAAGGAGGGCGAGGAGGAGGACGUAGCACGUCUGGUCCGACCACCGAUUCAGGUGGACACGCCCGUCCUCGUUCAGCGCCGUCGACAGCCUUCGAACUGGCCCCAGCCUGAAGAAGUCCAGACCCCCCAUGCCCACGUGGCCCACACAGUUCACCCGCGCUCCCCGAGCAUUCCACAUCACAGGAUCACGGGGUGUCAGAUCCUGCGCUUGCUGAAACUCUUUGAACCAUUCCCAGAGUCCUUCUGUGCACAUCUGAUUCUUGACUUGUCUACGCGUCUGCCACAUCAACUUCCGACCAGUCUUCGCCAUCAUACAGAAUGGAUCUGCUUGAAUCGACGUUCCAUCGGAACCAGCUUUGAAGUAAAAGUCGGCAUCGAUGCGCAGAUAAUACUUGUACUUAUCCAAGGCCGAAUGCUGGUACAUCGUCUUGGUAAAAAAACUGGUUCAUGUGCUUGUAGCUUGUAUUCACGGCUUUCGCGCAAUCGUUCAUCUUCCCCUCCCAAGCGUCAUCGUCAGCGAUAACCUUUGGGAAGGUGAGAUCGAAAUCUUCAACCUCAAAUUUGUAGGUAUCGUUGUCCAAAACUUCCUGUGCAACACUCAUCACUCGUUCGCGGGAGGAGGAUUUUGCGAAACUAGAAGGAUCAUACUCGCGCAACGCUUGACUGGGGAUGAACACUUUCACGUCCUAUGCCCAAUGCUUCAAUAUGAAGUAGGCAAGUCUUGACAAGCCGCCUCCCAAGGUAUUCAGAUCUGACUGCCGGGUCACUAGGUAAACGAUGACCCCAUUUUCGAGUGGCACUGCUCCGUGGGAGAAAUAUCCUUGAUGGCAGUGGUCCCACGCUUCCGUAGCGCGGGACUUCUCUUCAGGGUCGGGCCGCUUCUUCUCGGGGCCAUCGGAUUCGAACCCCGCUGAGAACCUGCUGUCGUCGUCUCCAGCGUGCUCGAAAUACCACGUGUCGAAGUCGUCCUCCUCGUCCGUAUCCCUGCCAGCGGCAGCGAAAUCACCAAUGUUGAAAUCGUCUGUUCGCUUCGCAUCCCGCCUGCUCACUGGCGACAGCGGCCGGGCAAGCCGAGCGUCGAGCCCGACCACCGAUCGAAUCAGCAUCAGGGCGGCCGCAACCGCCAACAUUUGCAGCCCCGCCAUCUGGAAAGCCCGGUGGGUUCAGGUUCGGUGCGAAAGUUUUGUGCUGGAGCCAAGAUGACUUGAGCCAAAAUGGCUACGGAGGUCGUCUUGGAGGCAUCUUGGGGCCAUCUUAGCCGUCUUGGAGGCCACCUUAGCCGUCUUGGAGGCGUCUUGGAGGCCAUCUUAGGCCAUCUUGGAGCCGUCUGGAACGGAAAAACCCUAUGCAACCACCUCUGGAAGAUCUUUCGGCAUCCUCCCGGGACCCCGGCGGGACGCGCCG